AUGGCGGCCUUCGCCUCCACCUCCCCCUCGCCGGCGAUCUCCACCUCGGCCUGGCGCAUGGACUCCCUCCGCGCCGCGCUCCCCGCGCUCCGCCCCUCCCCGUCGGCGGCCGUCCGGCCUCGCAGGCAGGCGGCCUCCGCCGCCCCGUUCCUCCGGAGCUCCUUCGUCUCCACGUCCUCCGCCUCGUCCUCCGUCUCCCCCGCCCCGAUGUCCUCCGCGGCCUCGGCGUCGCUCGCCUUCUCCUACACCUCCUCGUUCUCCGUGGAAUCAAGCUUUGCGCACCGACUGUUUGGCACUGAUGUCCGUGGAAGGAUACUGGCAAUGAGGCACGGGAAGCGCAUUCCUAGGCUCAACAGGCCUGCAGAUCAGCGGAAAGCACUCCUGCGUGGGCUGACCACACAGCUGCUGAAGCACGGGAGGAUAAAGACUACUAAGCCAAGGGCAAAGGCGAUGAGGAAGUGGGUUGACAAGAUGAUCACGAUGGCGAAGGAUGGAUCUCUUCACAAGAGGAGGCAGGCCCUGGGGUAUAUUUAUGAGAAGCACAUAGUCCAUGCACUGUUUGCUGAGGUUCCAGACAGGUACGGGGAAAGAAACGGGGGCUACACAAGGAUCAUCCCGACAUUCCCAAGGCGGGGAGAUAAUGCACCUAUGGCUUACAUCGAACUUGUCUAG